AUAUUCACUACAAGAAAACACGGACAAUACUGACGGAAAAACCGACCGAAAAAAAUCUGUCAGGAUUUUCCAACGGAAUUCCGACGAAAACUUGUCGGAAAUAUAUUUCGGUAAAUUCGUCGGAACUGCGUCGGAAAAUCCUGACAGAAUACAUUCGUCGGUAUUUCGUCAUACGAUCCCGACAGAAAACCGACAAAAAACUGACAAAUAUAUGACCGUUGCAAAAAAUUGACACAUACCGACGAAAUACCGACGGCAUACCGACCAUGAAAGAAUUCGGUCAUAAUUCCGUCGGUUUUUCCGACGGAAUACCGACGGAUUGAACAGCCGUUAUACUUCCCGACUGAAAACCGACGAAUUUGCAGCCGUUGCACUUCCCGACGAAAUACCGACGGAUUAUGUAGCCGUUAGUAUCCGUUUAAAUUACCGACGGAACGCCGACGGGUUUAGGACGUUAAUUUAGCCGUUAUGAUUCCCGACGGAAUACCGACGAAUAUUUUCCGUCGGAAAGAUUUCCAAUUCAUUAUAAAUACGACCUCUCCUUCAUUCAUUGAAAUCACAACAAAACAAUAUAAAUUAUGGGUACUCCUUAUAAUUUCCGUUCUUGGUUAGAUCAACCUCAUAUGGAUCCAAAUACAAAUUUACUUACGGAGGAAUACGCACGUGGUAUUCAAGAAUUCAUGGGGGUGGUUCAAAGUCAACCGGAAGCAAGAACAAGUAAGUAUUUAUUAUGUCCAUGUUCUACUUGUAAGAAUAAUAUCCGUGUCAAAAAAAUGGAAGUAUGGAGUCAUUUAUAUUUGAAAGGAUUUACACGUGGUUAUAAGAUUUGGUAUCUUCAUGGAGAAAGAUUUGAGUAUGGUAGUAGUAGCGAACCUCAAACUGCCGAUAGGUUAGAUGAACCUACCACGGAUGUAGAUUUUGGGAUAGGGACUGUUCAGAUGGUAUAUGAUGCAUAUGGAGAAAAUUUACCGUCGGGUGAAGAGGAAGGAGAUAGACAAGAACAACCCAAUGUAGAAAAUUUCCCAUGUGAAGAGGAAGGCGAACGAGAACAACCCAAUCUAGAAGCCAGAAGAUUUUUUGAAAUGUUAGAUGCAGCUAAGCAGCCAUUGUAUCAAGGAUGUAAAGAUGGGCAUUCACCUUUAUCAUCCGCAAGUCGAUUGAUGGCGCUAAAGACUGACUAUAAUUUGGCUGAAGAAUGUGUGGAUGCGAUUGCAGAUUUUGUUAAAGAUGUUCUUCCUGAAGAUAAUCUUGCACCUGGCUCAUAUUAUGAGGUACAAAAAUUGGUCGCUGGUCUUGGCUUACCAUAUCAGGUGAUAGAUGUAUGCAUCGAUAACUGCAUGAUUUACUGGAGAGCAGAUGAGAACAGGGAGAGAUGUAAAUUCUGUCGGAAACCUCGUUAUCAGGAUACGACUGGAAGAGUUCCGGUGCCAUACAAACGAAUGUGGUAUUUGCCGUUGACUGAAAGAUUAAAGAGGUUAUAUCAGUCUGAACGAACAGCAGAACCAAUGAGAUGGCAUGCUGAGCACUUAACAAAUGGUGAGAUAACACAUCCUUCCGAUGCAGAGGCGUGGAAGCAUUUUCAAUCAACAUAUCCAGAAUUUGCAUCUGAGGUAAGAAAUGUGUAUCUUGCAUUAUGCACAGAUGGUUUCAGUCCAUUUGGAAAGCAUGGAAGACAAUAUUCAUUGUGGCCGGUAAUCUUGACACCUUACAACUUACCACCACAUUUGUGUAUGCGACGGGAGUUUUUGUUCCUCUCAAUUCUCGUUCCCGGGCCAGAUCAUCCUAAGAGAUCACUGGAUGUGUUUCUUCAGCCAUUGAUAUAUGAGCUGCAAUUAUUAUGGGAGCACGGUGUUCAUACAUACGAUGUUUCGCGGAAAGAGAAUUUUCAGAUGCGAGCAGUACUUAUGUGGACAAUAAGUGAUUUUCCAGCAUAUGGUAUGUUAUCUGGAUGGACCACGCAUGGGAGGCUAUCAUGUCCUUAUUGCCAAGACAACACAGAUGCUUUCCAACUAAAAAAUGGUCGGAAAUCGUGUUGGUUUGACUGUCACAGGAGAUUUCUACCACACGAUCAUCCAUAUCGUAAGAGUAAGACAUUGUUUACAAAGAACAAGAGGGUGUUUGACAGUCCACCUGAAGAAGUAAGUGGCAAAAAGUUGAAGGAACAAUUAAGAGAUUUUGGUGCAGAUAGAACGGCAGACGUGGGUGGAAACGGACAUGAACCGAUUUAUGGUGUAGGGGAAAAUCAUAAUUGGCAUAAGAAGAGUAUCUUCUGGGAUUUGCCCUAUUGGGAGACUCAUUUGUUGCGGCACUGUUUAGAUGUCAUGCAUAUUGAGAAGAACUUUUUCGACAAUUUGAUGAACACCAUCCUUGAUGUCCAAGGCAAGACGAAGGAUAACUUGAAGUCAAGACUGGAUUUGGUUGAUAUUUGUGCUCGUCCCGAACUUCAUGUUGAUGAGCACGGUAAAGGUCCUAUUCCCAUAUAUCGACUGGAUGCAACUGCAAAAGAAGAGUUUUUUGAUUGGAUAACACACAGUGUUAAAUUUCCAGACGGUUAUGCAUCAAGUUUGCGUAAUUGUGUUGACAAAAGUGAAGGGAAGUUUACUGGCUUGAAGAGCCAUGAUUGUCAUGUAAUGAUGCAGCGCCUCCUUCCUUUUGCGUUUUCCGCACUAUUGCCACGAAAUGUCCACGAAGCAAUCGCAGGGAUAAGUGCUUUCUUCCGUGAUUUAUGCUCGAGAUCACUCACAUCAGAUGGUAUCCGCAAUUUGGAAGUUAAAAUACCGGUGAUCCUAUGCAACCUCGAGAAGAUAUUUCCUCCAUCAUUUUUUGAUGUUAUGGAGCAUCUUGCUAUUCAUCUUGCGAGAGAAGCGGCACUCGGUGGUCCCGUGCAGUACAGGUGGAUGUAUUUGUACGAACGGUUUAUGUUUCAUCUGAAGAAGAAGGUCAAGAAUUUAAGCAAGGUGGAGGGAUCAAUAGUGGCUCAGUGCAUCAAUGAGGAAACCUCAAACUUUGCUGAAUACUACUUUCCAUCAGAAGUUCGAACAAAAAGUCGAAGACCUGCACGGCAUGAUGAUAGAGGUGAAAGGGCAACUUAUUAUGUUUAUGUGCCAAACAUGUUUACACAAAUUGGACGACAUAGUGGAAAGUCAACGGACCGGAUACUUACCGUAGCUGAGCAUGCUCAUUUGCACACAUAUUUGCUUACAAACUGCGAAGACAUUCUUGAAUAUGAGAGUAUUUACUUGGCAGAGAUGCGCUUAAAGUACCCGGAUGCGACAGAAGAACAACUCGAACAACUCAAGCAAAACAACUUUGCAACAUGGCUUUCUGAUUAUGUAAGCCAUUGUUUAGCUAUUGGGCACCCACCUAAAGAUUGGUUACGUGAGAUAGUUUGUGGUCCAAAGUUUGUUGCAAAGUCAUAUCCGAGAUAUUGCACACGAGGAUAUGCAUUCAGAGUUCUUAAGGAAAAUACUGUAAGGAGAACAAUUGAUUGUGGGGUUUCUUCGUCAUCCGGAGACGAUGUCUACUACGGUAACGUACGCGAGAUUUUGGAAAUUCAGUACCCGGGAAUGAUUGGCAUGAGAUGUAUUGUCUUCAACUGUGAGUGGUACGACAACGUUGUUGGUCGCGGAGUAAGCACUGACGCAUUCGGUGUUACAUCUGUACAUUCGCGACGACGACUGGAUUUUUACGAUCCAUUCAUUCUUGCUUCACAAGCUGACCAGGUUUGCUAUAUUCGUUAUCCGCGGAUUAGGCAAAGGAACGAUCCUUGGAUCGUUGUCAUGUCAAUAAAUCCCAGAAGCCGAGUACAAGGAGUAUUUGAUCCACUACAACAACAAUUAACCGAAGAGGACGGCGAGAUUGGAGAGUUUGACGAAGACAAUUCAGAUUCAUCAUGUUCAUCAUCAGAUAAUUCCUCAGAUGGAGAGUAGAUACUCUUUUAUGAAUGUAUAUGCAAAUUACUUUUAAACAUUGUAGAUUUCUUCUAAAAACAAAUUAUGGGUUUGAAACGUUGUAUACUUUUAAAUUACAAAAAAUAAAUUAGAUUUGUUGAUAUACUUUUAAACGUUGUAUACUUCUAAAUUGAUAAUGUCCGUCGGUUUUCCGUCGGAAUUUACCGACGCAUUUCCGACGAAACCCUAGAAUUUGAGGGUUUCGUCGGAAAUGCAUCGGUAAAUACCGACGGAAUACCGAUGAACCCCUCAAAUUCUAGGGGUUCGUCGGUAUUCCGUCGGUAUUU